GGUCGUGGUUGCCGGGACGACGCCGCGCCCCCUUUGGGCUCCGAUCAGGAAGUGAACGUAAGUAAAGAGAAGAGAGGAGCGGGAAUGAGACAGAGGAGAGAGAGAGAGGCGGGAGCGAGAGGCAGCCUGACGGACAGGGAGCGCAGCCGCUUCGGAUUCCCCUUCACAUUCAUCUGCACCCCGAGCGCACAGACGCACUGACCAGGAUGCUCAUCAAGGAGUUUCGGGUGAUCCUGCCCGUGUCUGUGGAGGAGUACCAAGUGGGGCAGCUGUACUCGGUGGCAGAGGCCAGUAAGAACGAGACGGGAGGUGGCGAGGGGGUGGAGGUGCUGAAGAAUGAACCGUAUGAGAAGGACGGAGAAAAAGGCCAAUACACACACAAGAUCUACCACCUGCAGAGCAAAGUUCCAUCAUUUGUGCGCAUGUUGGCUCCGUCGUCUGCCCUCAACAUUCACGAGAAGGCCUGGAACGCCUACCCCUACUGUCGCACGGUCAUCACUAACGAGUACAUGAAAGACAACUUCCUCAUCAAGAUUGAGACGUGGCACAAGCCAGACCUCGGAACGUUGGAGAACGUUCAUGGCCUGGACCCAGAAACCUGGAAGAAGGUAGAUGUGGUCUAUAUUGACAUUGCUGACAGAAACCAGGUGGAGCCAAAGGACUACAAACCAGAAGAAGACCCCUCGAAAUUCAAGUCUGUAAAGACUGGCCGAGGACCCCUGGGACCAGACUGGAGGAAAGAGCUUCCGAAGAAGACGGAUUGCCCGCACAUGUGUGCUUACAAGCUGGUCACCGUAAAGUUCAAGUGGUGGGGCCUUCAGAAUAAAGUGGAGAACUUCAUUCAGAAACAAGAGAAGCGCUUGUUCACGAAUUUUCAUCGGCAGCUUUUUUGUUGGAUCGACAAUUGGAUCGAAUUGACAAUGGAGGACAUUCGGCGCAUGGAAGAGGAAACAAGGAGGGAACUUGAUGAGAUGCGGGUGAAGGAUCCAGUGAAGGGCAUGGUGGCCUUGGAGGACUGAAGAUGUGUGCACAGUGUGCGCAGCUGCUCAUUGCGGUGCAGGUUUGUUACCCAAACACCAGCGGCUUCGCCACGUCCAGUUUUAUCGGCACAACGUAUCUGUGAACUUGGUCCAGCCCCGCUCUCCCACCACUCCCCAGUUCGGUACUGCCCUCUGUGAGCUGUGUCUGCCAGUGACAGAGAACCCCAGCACUCGUACAUCUACUGUAAAAUCAACUGAAAGGAAACCAGGCAAAAAAGCAGACAAACCAGUGCUAGUGAUAACCAGUACAACUGCUAAUCACUGCUAGCAAUAACUGCUGUUAGCGCCAGCGCUAGCGAUUUGCAAUAUGGCUCUUCAAGAUCUAAAAAUGAAACUGAGAAAUUACAGCGAGGUUUAUUUAAUUCAAUGGAAAAUAAAUAUAUUUAUGGAUUACACAAAUAUGGAUAUAUACACAUUAUUCUUAGAAAUGUGAAUCAGGGUUUUAACCGUUUUGUCUGUACCGUGCGUUGCUCUGCGUGUCUCGGACCAAGCUGAACCUUACUAGUGUCUUUUUUUCACUUUCUUGUACAGUGUCAUUUGUUCACAUUUUAAUUUCCUUUGGUGGUUCUCAGUAUUUGUAAACCCUAAUAGUAAUUUUCCCUGCCCCAUGCCCCUGACAUGUUAAGUUUCUCGUGGAGUUUGUGGUUUUUGUUUUGUUGCGCUUGUUUUUGUCAAAAAAAAAACCGUAUAUAGAAUCCACAACGCGCCCCAUGUUUAUCAGAGCGCACCCCCACAUAUCCUCCUUCGC